AUGGUAUUUUUCUUGUCUUUCUAUAGGGCUGAAAGACACACAGGAGUCUUCAUGGAUAUAGUUGAUACAUUUAACCAUUUAAUUCCUACUGAACACUUAGAUGAUGCCCUAUUUCUAGGAUCCAACCUGGAGAAUGAAGUCUGUGAGGAUUUUAGUACAAGUCAAAAUGUCUUAGAGGAUUCGCUGAAGAACAUGCUCAGCGAUAAGGAUCCUAUGCUAGGAUCUGCAAGUGCCCAGUUCUGUUUGCCUGUUUUGGAUAGCAAUGAUCCCAAUUUCCAGAUGCCUUGUUCAACAGUUAUUGGUCUUGAUGAUAUUAUGGAUGAAGAAGGAGUUAAAGAGAGUGGUAAUGACACCGUUGAUGAAGAUGAGCUUGUUUUACCUAACAGAAAUUUGAGGAGCCGUUGUGAAGAAGCAUCAGUCACAUCACCAAGAAAAUCACCACGUUUAAUGGCACAAGAACCAGUACGGAGUUUGCGACAGAGCACGCUAGCCAAGCGUUCGAAUGUUGCACCUAUUGUUAGUACCAAGAAAUCAUCUGUAAAAAGUGGAUCUGCUCCAAAAACUGGACAGAAACAAGAGAGAAGUCCAGCUAAAGAGACAGAUGUUGCUGCACCCUUGAAAAUAGAACAGCCUAAAGAAGUUAGGCGUAGUACAAGACGAUCAGGACAGACAGAAGGAACGGCAGCUGCGGUAACAGCAUCCCAAAGUAAUACAAAAUGUCUUCCUGAUCCCGAAGAGGUGAAUGAAAUAAAGUCAGAAACCCUUGAGCAGGCAAAAGUUGAGGAAACAUCCCAAGAGUUAAGUUGUGCUAAUUUAGCAGAAGCCACCUCUUCUCCUGGAGAAACUAAGGAGGUAACAGAGGUUGCAACAAAGACUGAAUCUGGGAAUGUUGAGUCAUUUUGCUCAGUAUCUGCAGAUACUGCAAUUACUGCAGUUAAAAAUGAAGCAAAUGAUAUGAUUGAUUCAAUGGAUUCUGAAACUUCUUCAGAAGAAAAGACUGAAAACAAAACAGAGGAAUUGGAGAAGCAAACAGAAGAGCAUGAUCAAAUUGGGGUAACUGGAAAACCUAAUGAUCCAUCUAGUGUUUGUGUGAAUCCAAGUGAAAUUUGUGAGACCUUUUCAAAUUUGUCCAGCUCUAUAGAAGAGGGGGUUGAUUGUAGUUUAGUUUCCCACAAUGUGGAAGCUCCUGAUGAAAAUACAUUGUCAGUAAAGGAAUGUGUAACAGAACCUGUAGAUGAUGACAACGGAGUGGAGAAAACUGUAGCUUCAUCUGAGAAACUAUUGGACAGUACAGAGUUUGAUAAUAAAGACUUGAGAAGCGAAGAGUUUACUUUUGGUGACCCAGGAAAUAGCAUUUUAGAAAGCACUGUUCUUGACCAAACAAGCCAAAAUGUACAGCAGAUCAGCAGAACUAAAGUAGAAGGCCUUGAGGCAUCGAAAUUUCAGGAUGAUGAUAAACAAAUUAGCACUUCAUCAAAAUGUGACAAGAACACUAGGCCCCGACACAGUAAAUCUGGAAUACAGAAUAAGCAAAAUCUGACUCCAGAUACUCGACAGAAAUCAGGUACGGUGCAACAAGAAGUAGCGCGUUCAAGAACAAGAGCUGGUCUUACUGUUUCAGGUCUUCAUAGUGCAUCUUCAGCAAGUCUGAAACGGAAUGCAGAUGAGCAAGAGAGUAAUCAGCAUCCGAAUAACCCAGUUAAAAUUAGGAAGAAACAGUCUGAUCUGGGUUUGAAAGCAAAGAGCUGUGUUUCAGGGGUGACAGUAAAAAAGCAGACCAAUACAAUGCUGAAGAAAGUACCCCGAGUCCAGGCUUCUGGGCAAGUACAGAAGUCAUCAAUUCAAAGAGCAAGUGAGAAGUCUCCUACUCAUCAAAGUACCCACCACUCCGUGCACCUGUUAUCAGGGCAUGUUUCAAAUCUUGGCCAGAAGCAAGCCCAGGGUCAGAAACACCAGCUUGCAACUGUGCUAAAAACAAAUAGCUCCACAAAGGAAGAAGCAGAGACAAAAGAUCCCCUGAUAGUAGAACAUCUGAAGGAAGAUGAUAAAGAAAAAUACAAAUCAAAAAGAAUUGAUAAGAAUCUCCAGCCUCGCCAGAGAAGAAGUAGCAAAAGUCUUUCACUCGAUGAACCUCCGUUGUUCAUUCCAGAUAACAUUUCAACUGUUAAGCGGGAAGGCUUGGAGCAUACCUCUGCUAGUGAAAGCAAAUAUGUCUGGGUGCCCAACAAGCAGUGUGGCUUUUGCAAAAAGCCACAUGGCAACAGAUUUAUGGUAGGCUGUGGUAGAUGUGAUGAUUGGUUUCACGGUGAUUGUGUUGGACUGAGUCUUUCUCAAGCGCAGCAGAUGGGUGAAGAAGAUAAAGAAUACGUGUGUGUGAAAUGCUGUGCUGAAGAAGACAAAAAAAUGGAGUGUUUUGAUCAAAGUGUACCAGAUACUCAAGUGAAACUUGAAAUCCAUAGAGAAGAAAAAGCAAUUGAGUGUGAAAAACCAGGGAUGUCAAAGCAAACACCUGCUUGUAAUCUAAAUAUGACAACUGAAAAAACAAAGCAAGCAGAGGACACUGGGAAGCACAAAGUCAAAAUCUUCAGACGGGAAUCUGGUGAUGGGAAGAACUUGUCCGAGUCCAGAGACUCAGAUGCUAAAAAAGGGCAACAUGUUCCUGCCCGUAAAGGAUCACAAGCUGCUGUAAUUCCUCGGCGAUCCCCGGAAGAUAAAAACGAAAAAAUAAGUAAGGAAUUCCUUAGUGUGGUUGAAAGGUCCAUGAAAUCAGACAGUGGUGUUCAUGAGAAACAAGAAUCUAAGAAAAAGAAAAAUGAGAAAGGAUCUAUUAGUGCAACACACUUGCCAGCUGUGCCAGCUUCCAAGCCUUCUGCUGAUCAGAUAAGACAAAGUGUCAAGCAGUCUCUUAAGGAAAUUCUGAUGAAAAGAUUGACAGACUCCAGUUUAAAGAUUCCUGAGGAGAGAGCAGCAAAAGUUGCCACAAGGAUUGAAAGAGAGCUGUUUUCUUUUUUUCGGGACACCGACUCAAAGUAUAAGAACAAAUACAGAAGUUUAAUGUUCAAUCUAAAAGAUCCUAAAAAUAAUAUAUUAUUUAAGAAAGUACUGAAAGGAGAGGUUACUCCAGACCAUCUAAUAAAAAUGAGCCCAGAAGAACUGGCUUCCAAAGAACUGGCCGCUUGGAGACAGAGAGAAAACAGACACACAAUUGAAAUGAUUGAGAAAGAACAGAGGGAAGUUGAAAGAAGACCUAUCACAAAAAUUACUCACAAAGGAGAAAUAGAAAUUGAAAGUGAAACACCAAUAAAAGAACAAGAGGAAGUUAUGGAAAUUCAGGAACCUAAUAUGAAGUUAUUUGAGAAGUCAGAGGAAGCUGAAAAAGAUAAAGAAGUAAACGAAUCUGCAUCUCCAGACACCACAAGUCAACAUAAAAAUCAUCUCUUCGAUCUUAACUGCAAAAUCUGCAUAGGCCGAAUGGCACCACCUACUGAUGAUAUUUCUGCAAAAAAAGUGAAAGUGUCUGUUGGAGUUGCACGGAAGCAGUCAGACAAUGAAGCAGAGAGCAUUGCGGAUGCGCUUUCUUCAACAUCAAGUAUUUUAGCUUCGGAAUUACUGGAGGACGAUAAGCAAGACUCAUCGAAAUCGUCAUUCACACCUCUCCCAAAGUAA